CGUGCUAUAUAUGAAGCUUCAAAUCCAUGUCUGCGUUUUAAGACACGACUCUGUCACGUGAUACAAAAGCACUUUCGGGUUGAGUUGACGAGUUCAAACCAUAUUGUCCUCGUGCGAGCAAGUUGCUUCUUCCAGUUCUCUGAACCAAACUAACUCCACUCAACACCUUGUCCCAACAUUCAUUUGAAUAAGCAGUCUGCCCUGACAGCGGAGCUUAUUUUGUUCAUCCCCUUUUCUCAUCUCGUUCGCGACUUGGGCCUCCUCUCUACGUUUACGCUUUACCUGCGAGGAGAAGUGGCAACCAUUUCCGCAGUCUCUCACUCGAUCACGGAUUGUGCUGAUGGGAACCAAAGAGAUCGAGCAACGCAUUUCGUCUUCUGCUUCAAUCCACCAAUGGAAGUAUGACGUGUUCGUGAGCUUCAGAGGCGAGGACAUAAGGAAGACCUUCGCAGCCGACCUCUUCCGUGCGCUGAAGCAGGCGGGGAUCUACUAUUUCAGGGACAACGACAAAGUGCAGACCGGGAUUUUCAUCGCGACAAAGCUGCUCGGCGCGAUUCGCCACUCUAGGGUUGCCCUCGUCGUGUUCACCACCAACUACGCCGACUCACGGUGGUGCUUGAACGAGCUGGUGGAGAUCCUGGAGUUCAACAGGAGGUUCAGAGAUCAUCAGGGUCACGUGGUUCUGCCCAUUUUCUAUGAUGUUGAGCCAGGGGACGUUCGGAAACAGAGUGGGCGAUUCGGGGAUGGUUUCGGAAGGUGUUUGGCCACCCACCGGGACGAUUUGCUGGUGCAGAAGUGGAGGGAUGCGCUUAAAGAAGCUGGCAAUUUGUCAGGAUGGCACUUGAAUAAUGAUGCUAAUCGGGAUCAAUCAAAAUUCAUCAAGCAAAUUGUAGAACAUCUCUUCAGGAUCAGCCCUAGACCAAUCUCCCCCUAUUUUGUCGAAAAUGCUAUUGGGGUAGAUUCCUUUGUAGAGGACGUGAUAUCGUUGCUGGAAAUUGGGUCAGAGGAUGAUGUCCGUGUGGUUGGAAUAUGGGGAAUAAAAGGAAUUGGUAAGACAACGGUGGCCAAAGUCGUCUGCGAUCGCAGUUUUAGGGAAUUUGAAGGUGUUAGCUUACUCGAAAAUGUCGGAGAUGCAAACCAAGAUGCGAUUUUACUUCUUCAGAAGAGACUUCUCCACGAUGUUCUUAAGGUACAAGAUCUAGAAUUGUAUGAUCUUAACAGCAACAUCAACGAGAUAAAAACUAAGCUCUGCCAGAAAAGGAUCCUUCUAGUCCUCGAUAACAUCACUAAGAAGGACCAAAUUGAGUAUUUCGGUGGUGGAGAUCAAGAAUGGUUCCAACAUGGGAGUAGAAUAUUGAUUACUACAAGAGAUGAGCAGUUGCUGGACGAUCUCAAAGUAGAUAACAAGUACAUGCUCCCAGGAUUGACUCAUAAAGAAUCGCUCCAACUCCUGAGUCGCCAUGCCUUCCACAAAGACCACCCUAAAGAAGGCUAUGAAGAGUUGUCAGAGAGGCUUGUCCACUACACGGGUGGACUUCCACUAGCUCUUAAAAGAUUUGGCUCCUUCCUUUCUAAGAAGAGAAAAAAUCAGUGGCAUGAGAUAUUGGAGAAGUUGGUUAGAGACCCUCAUCUUGCCUCUGUUGGAUUACCUUUAGAACCAUUCUCCUCUGUUCUUCCCUUUCAAUCCGUAGGGCCAUAUGGAGGUCAUGGCGGGGAUUCUUAUGAUGAUAAAACAUCCACUGAUGUUAGAAAAAUAACUGUGGUUAUUGUGAGAUCAGUGAUCAAGUCCUUUACUAUUGAGUAUGAUCAGAAUGGAUGCUUGGUCCGCUCGCCAAGACAUGGUGGACCUUCGGAAGGCAAAAUAUGCACGGUAAAAUUAGAUUAUCCAAAUGAGUUCUUGACUUCUGUGUCAGGCUACAUUAAAGACGAAUCUGGAUGUGUCGUCAUUCAAUCACUUAUGUUCCACAGCAAUAGGAGACCUUAUGGUCCAUUUGGCAAUGAGAGCGGGAACUAUUUCAGAUUCUCACCGACUGAUGGGAAGAUCAUCGGAUUCUUUGGGAGGUUUGGCAAUUCUAUUGAUUCCAUCGGAGCAUAUUUUGGACCGAUCUCUCGUCCAUAUCCCUUUGAAGUUGUAGGCCCAUUUGGAAAUAGUAAUGGUGAAGGCCGAUGGGAUGACGGCAAGCAUACAGAUGUCAGACAAAUUGAUGUUGUUUCUGGUUCUGCAAUUGAGUCAAUUACUUUUACUUAUGAGCUAGGUCGUUCUUUUGCACAUGGUACAAGUGGUGGAGGCACAACAAACAAGAUAAGUCUGAACUGGUUAAUUGAGUAUCUAACUUCAGUUUCGGGCUAUAUUACGAGUGAUUUUGGCUCUACCGUCAUCCAUUCGCUCACGUUUCAAAGCAAUAAAAGAACAUACGGACCAUUCGGCACUGAAACCGGAAGGAAGUUUUCAUUUCCAGCAACUGGGGGAAAGAUCAUUGGGUUUUAUGGGAGUUCUGGUUCCCAUCUUGAAUCUCUUGGAGCAUAUUUCGAACCAAUCUCUCAUCUACACCCCAUCAAGUGUCUUGGACCAUUUGGCGGCCAAGGUGGAGACCAUUGGGACGAUGGAAAAUUUAAUGGUGUAAAGAAAAUAAAGAUGAUGUUGGAAGAUGUUGUCAAUUGCAUCUCCUUUGAGUAUGACGCAAAUGGCGAGUCUAUUUGGUCCUCUACACAUGGUCACAAUGGCAACGGAGAUAUCCAUAUGGUUAACUUCGACUACCCUCGUGAGUUCUUGACCUCAGUGUCAGGUUAUACCAGACAUGAUAAUUCUGUUAUUCAAUCACUCUCGUUCGGAAGCAAUUUAAGGAGGCAUGGACCCUUUGGUAAGGAAGAAGGGAGCUUCUUUGGCUGUGCAUUGACAUGCAGCAAGAUAAUUGGCUUUCUCGGAAGGUCUAGCAUCCAACUUGAUGCGCUAGGAGUCUACUCUGAACCAAUUCCUGAUCUUCGUCUCCUGAAAUCCGUAGGGCCAUUUGGAGGAGAAGGUGGCGGUCCAUGGGAUGAUGGAGAUGGCAUGGGUGUGAGAAAAAUAAUUGUAACAGGUGGACCGGUUAUUGACUCCAUUACUAUUGAGUACGACAAGAAUGGAUCUGUGGUUCAGGGCCCUAAACAUGGUGGAGAUGAAGGACAUCUAAUACUCGAGGUUAAACUCGAUUAUCCUCGAGAAUACUUGACUUCAUUUUCUGGUUACUUUGAAUUUUAUAGCCAUAAUAUUAUUAUUCGCUCCCUCACAUUUCAGAGCAAUGAACGAACUUUUGGGCCAUGCGGUAAAGAGGUCGGGAAGUACUUUUCUUUUCCAUCAACCGGUCAAAAGAUUGUCGGGUUUCAUGGGAGGUCUGGAAUGUGUAUUGAUUCACUUGGAGCACAUUUUGAGUCUUGACAUGCCAAGCUUUAUCUUUAUGUGCGCCAUGCAGUCGAUGUUUGAGUUCACAUAUAAAUGUGUCAUCAUGGACAUUCUCAUAAAUCUAAGAGUGUGAAUAGGUCGGUAUGAUAUAUCCUCUAAAUAUAAAGUGUGUUAAUGCAUUUAUUAUAGUGAAUCAAACCUUCAUCAACUAA